CACUCUAUAACAUCCUUUCGUAAGGAACCCAAAAAAAAUAAAUAAAUAAACUUGACAGAAAAACUAACGAGAGAGACAGAGAGAGAGAGAGGUGUUAGUUAAUCAACGUUGGUUGUUUGGGUUGGUUAAUGGAAACCAUGGCGAGAGGACUAUGGAUCUGUGUGUGUUUUAUGUUCCUUAUCCACAUUUCUACUUGUUUUUACCUUCCUGGUGUUGCACCCGAAGAUUUCCACAAGGGAGAGUUGUUGAGGGUGAAAGUGAACAAAUUGUCUUCUACAAAAACACAACUUCCUUACUCUUACUAUUCUCUGCCUUAUUGUCGUCCAGAUCACAUUGUUGACAGUGCUGAGAAUCUUGGGGAAGUUCUUCGUGGUGACCGUAUUGAGAACUCCCCUUACAUGUUUAAAAUGCGAGAGCCACAAAUGUGCAAUGUUGUUUGUCGUCUAAUUCUUAAUGCGAAAACAACUAAAGAGUUCAAGGAUAAGAUAGAUGAUGAAUAUCGGGUGAACAUGAUUCUAGACAAUCUUCCUUUGGUUGUACCCCUUCGACGACCUGAUCAGGAAUCUUCUUUAGUGUAUUUGCAUGGCUUCUUAGUUGGUCUUAAAGGACAAUAUGCUGGAAACAAGGAUGAAAAGCACUUUAUCCAUAACCACUUAACUUUUGUGGUAAAGUAUCACCGAGAUCAUAUAACAGAGUUGUCAAGGAUUGUAGGCUUUGAGGUUAAACCUUUCAGUGUUAAGCAUGAAUAUGAAGGUGAUUGGGAUGAGAACACCCGCUUAACCACUUGCGUUCCUCAUGCUAAAAAGACAAUCUCAGGCUCCGAAGCUCCUCAAGAGGUUGAAGAUAAGAAGGAAAUUAUUUUCACCUAUGAUGUUGAGUUCCAGGAAAGUGAUGUAAAGUGGGCAUCUCGUUGGGAUUCCUAUCUUUUAAUGGCAGAUGAUCAAAUUCACUGGUUUUCAAUUAUUAAUUCUUUAAUGAUUGUACUUUUCCUAUCUGGUAUGGUGGCUAUGAUAAUGUUAAGGACACUUUACCGCGAUAUCUCAAAGUAUAAUCAAUUGGAGACACAAGAGGAAGCGCAGGAAGAGACGGGGUGGAAACUUGUCCAUGGUGAUGUUUUUAGGCCUCCUUCAAACUCAGAUUUAUUGUGUGUAUAUGUUGGAACAGGUGUUCAGUUUUUUGGAAUGGUUCUUGUCACUAUGAUAUUUGCUGCACUUGGAUUUCUGUCUCCCUCAAAUAGAGGGGGGUUAAUGACUGCUAUGCUUUUUCUCUGGGCUCUUAUGGGGCUAUCUGGUGGAUAUUCAUCAGCGCGUCUUUACAAGAUGUUCAAGGGAACAGAAUGGAAAAGAAUCACUCUCAAAACAGCUUUUAUGUUUCCUUCUACUGUGUUUGCAAUAUUCUUUGUUCUUAAUGCUCUUAUUUGGGGACAAAGGUCUUCAGGGGCAGUUCCAUUUGGUACAAUGUUUGCUCUUGUUUUCUUAUGGUUUGGCAUCUCAGUUCCACUUGUAUUUCUUGGUGGUCACAUAGGUUUUAAAAAGCCUGGGAUUGAGGAUCCUGUGAAGACAAAUAAGAUUGCAAGGGAAAUCCCAGAGCAGGCUUGGUACAUGAACUCAGUCUUCUCUAUUCUAAUUGGAGGCAUACUCCCUUUUGGUGCUGUCUUCAUUGAGCUUUUCUUUAUUCUCACAUCAAUCUGGUUGCAUCAAUUUUACUAUAUAUUUGGUUUUCUGUUCAUCGUGUUCCUCAUCCUUCUUGUUACUUGCGCCGAGAUCACAAUAGUUCUUUGUUACUUCCAACUUUCUAGCGAGGACUACCUCUGGUGGUGGAGGUCAUAUCUCACUUCAGGUUCCUCUGCACUUUAUCUUUUCCUAUAUGCUGUAUUUUAUUUCUUCACAAAGCUUGAGAUCACAAAACCAGUAUCUGGAGUCUUGUAUUUUGGUUACAUGUUGCUUCUUUCGUACGGUUUCUUCGUGGUGACUGGUACAAUUGGUUUCUAUGCAUGCUUUUGGUUCACCAGGCUAAUUUAUUCUUCUCUGAAAAUUGAUUGAACCAUGACUUGUGGAGGUUUAAAUUAUAGAAUGGGGAAUCGUUGGGAACCUUCGUAUAAUCCUUUGUUCCAACAUAACAUACAAAAUUUUUGGUAUCACCAAUAUAGGUUGUUUUGCAGUUCUAA